AUGUCGAAUAAUAUUCUUUUACGGAACGGGUCGGUUAUAGUUCACGACGAACACGACCGUGUACAAGUUCUUGACAACUGCGACGUUUUGAUCUCAAACGGUUUUAUCGAACAAGUCGGAAAGAACAUCCCCCCUGUCAAAGACACCGAUAUUCUAGACUGUACCGACAAAAUUAUCAGUCCCGGAUUUGUCGACACCCAUCACCAUUUAUGGCAAACACAGCUGAAGGGAUAUGGCUUGGAUAACACCUGGCUAGACUACUUCUCAGAUGAUCUUCUCCAGUCUUUUAACUACUCCCCCGAUGACAGUUACUGGGGUCAAUUGGCAGGAUGUUUGGAAGCACUUGAUGCCGGAACGACCUUUGUCCUCGAUCACUGCCACGGUUGUCGCACUCCGGAACAUGCCGAGGCAGCUAUAACAGCGCUCUCUGAUUCUGGUAUCCGGGGUGUAUUUGCAUAUGCAGAAACAUUUCUCAAUCUCUGCAAGUGGGAUUCCCAGUCCGUUAUUCCUCGACCAACAUCUGUAUCCGAUAGUUACAUCCAGCACCUAGAGCAUCUCGCCCAGAAAGGUUCUUUCGCCGACGGUCGCGUCACAAUCGGUGUUGCAUUCGAUAAUUACCAUCUACCUCGACAUGAAGUAGAAAAACUAUUUCACAGAGCAAUCAAGGCUGGGGUCAAGCUCAUCACAACCCAUUGCGGGAACUUCGGACCAUCUGCACCUCAAGUUUUGGACAGAUACUCGUUGUUCCCCAAACCAGAAGAUGAUUAUACCAUCGUUCUUUCUCACGGGAACUACCUCGAUAAAACGGAUCUGACUAUGCUUUCUCAACGACAGAUUCCACUUUCUUGCACCCCAGCCACCGAGUCACAGGGCUAUUGUCACUUCUUAACCUCCUCAAGUCUCAUGCAGGCAGCACGCAACGCUCUUCUCUUGGCUAGACUGCAAAAGACUCUCGAGCUCAAGUCUGAAGGUAGGAAGCCAGUCAAGUUCGAUGAGACGGUGUAUGAUGUAUUCAACAAAGCCACAAUCCAAGGUGCCAGGGCUGUUCGAAUGCAAGACCAGAUCGGUUCUAUCCAGACUGGCAAGCGAGCGGAUAUCCUAGUCUUUACUAGAACUUCGUCACUAUCUUUCGGAACUGCUGCGAGACAGAACCCAGUGGCAGCUAUUGUGGGUUAUAGCGAACCUCGUGAUAUUGAGGCUGUUUUGGUCGGCGGCGUGUUCCGGAAAAGAGCGGGAACACUGCUUCCAAUUUUGAGAAAUGGGAAAACCGUAGGACUUGAUUCCAUCAUGUCGGAGGUUCGCCACAGUCAAGAGGCAAUUAGGAAGAGGCGGGAAGCUUGCAAUUUGGGUCUGUCCAGAGAUCUGGUGGAACAAAUUGCAACUCCGAGGUAG